AAAUACAAGUUUAUCUUUAUCCAUUGGAUUAUUGCACGGCUAUAUAACCCACUGGGUUAUCCUCUAAAACCUUCAGUUUGCUAUUCGAAGUAAUCAGACUUAUCAAAAUGUCUUUCUUAGGCAAGGAAUACAAAUUUGAGAGGCAGGAGAACUUUGAAGAAUUCGUGAAGGCUUUGGGUCUUCCCGCUGAGCAAACUCAAGGCUACCUCAACUACAACCCCACGCUGAAGUACAGCAAGGAUGGUGACACCUACACCGUGACUUCCGUAACUGCCCAGGGCAAGAAGGAGGUUUCUUUUAAAUCUGGAGUCGCCUUUGACGAAACCGUAGCUGGUGUGAAGGUAAACACCACCUACACCGUUGACGGUGACACCAUCACCCAGAUUCAGAAGUCUGACGAUGGCGUUCUCACCAUCACCAGGACUUUCUCCGGAAAUGAAAUGGUUGUGACCCUGAAAACAAACAAAUGGGACGGCGUUGCCACUAGAUACUACAAAGCUUAAUUUAUUAUUUUAUUGUACAUAUCUCUAAAGUAUUAUAAUGGUUAUCA